AGGUCGCAGUAGAGGUGUUCAAGAUUGAUCCUGGGAGAGCUGUGGAGAAAUAUGAGAAGGCAAUGCGUCGGGAACUCAAGGUGUGGCUUAAACUGUCAAGACACCAAACUAUCGUACCGCUACUUGGCACCGCACACGUCGGGUCUCCGUGUCCUGCUCUCGUUUCGCAAUGGAUGUCCUCCGGAACAUUGGAUAUGUACCUCAAGGGUCAGGGGCGUCGCCGAUGGCCUCAGAUAUCGUUCGUAGACCGCUAUCCUAUUGUUAUUUUGUUCUUGAUGUCUACCCAGUCCACUCGGAGGAUGUCGUUCACGGUGACCUUCAUCCCGCAAAUGUGCUUAUAGAUGGUGCAGGGAAUCCACGUCUCACAGAUUUUGGUCUUGCAACAAUCGCAGAGGACGCAGAGUCACAGCUGAGUACGACGACCGCAAACCGCAGCCUCAAUCCUC